AGGAGGUGGAGAGAGCCCGUGUUCCUAGAUGGUAGGCAGGCUGCGCUGCCGGAGGGGCUCUCCAGGAGGCACGUUCCCACGAUCUCAUGAAUGAACUCGCGUGGCUGCUCAGGGUGGGGGUAACGCCCCUGCCGUCCCUCCCCUGCCAGAUACCCACCUGGUGGGGAUAUUCGCGAGCCGUCCGCCACAGCCUCGGGGGAAGGAACUCGGGGUCACGAUGUCCGAUGUCUUGCUGGCUCCUGGAUCCCCGGCUGCCAGCCUCCUGGUUACUGGAGGAAGGCUCGCGCCUUCGUCGACGGGCAUUGCCACGGGAGUCGCUGAGGCGGCCGCCUGUUACGUGGCUGCGUGGAAGCGGCGAGCGGUCUGCGCAUGCGCGGCUAACCGUCAUUACAAAAUCGUUACUUCAAAGCGAUUCAAGAGAAACCUCGAUGACGGCUUCCGUGCGCGAUCUCUGCAAGAUGGAACGUUCGGGCAGUAAGACGGUGUAGCCGGGCUGAUCGUAUCAAGACAUUGGAAACUGGCGCUGUGCGAAUAAAGCAAGGGACGCCGGAGACAUUAGUAUGUAAAUGACUCGGGGCGCUGUAUGAUUAAUGAUUUACACUAAUAAUGAG